AUCGAGAUCCAGUGACUACCUAGCCUUCCAAUUCUCUUCGCUUUUUUCUGAUCUUCUUCUAAGAUGGCUUUCAAAGCUCUGCUCAUUUUGUUCGCUACUCUUCUUGUGGUUACAACAAGAGUUUCAUCAUAUGGGGAGGAAAACCGUGCACCCGCGCCAUCGCCAAAGCCACACGCUGUGCCCCCAGUUGGGCCACCCACUUAUGCACCACUGCCCCCAUUGACGACAACAAAGGGUUGCACACCUACAUGUUAUGAGAGAUGCAACACAGGUAAAGGGAAGAGAGAGUGCCAGAGAGCAUGCACGAGAUGUUGUAAGCAAUGCUCCUGUGUUCCACCAGGUCCACGCGGUACUAACUUGGAAAAGUGUGGCAAGUGCUACUCCGAGGUGACCUAUCACGGCCAAAUCUACAAGUGCCCUUGAAACGGCCUAUUAUUUCUUAUAAUUGCUGGUUCUAUUAAUUAACUAAGUCUGUAGUGACUAGGUCAAAUGGGUGAAAAAUAAGGAAGCAUUAUCUCCAUUUGAGAAAAGAAUCCAUUUCAUUUCAUUGUUUUCUUUUAGUGUCAGCAAUAAAUGUGUAAGUAGUGCUAUAGGCCAAGACUUGUACCGUGCUGUCUACUAAAUAUUCCUAUUAAUUUGCUGUUUCAGACAUUGAUAUUUCUACUUGUUUUCUUCAUAUAUUAUAUAUUUGUAGUAGUUUUCCUUCUAAAUGUGUUUUCCUGUAUCCAUUCUUGUACUUCUUGAAGCAAUUAAUUGAAAUACAAAUAUUUAUAUUUAUGCCAAUA